GGCGGUGUGCGCAAGAUGGCGGCGGUUUCCCAGCGCGGGGAGAGGCUGCCGUGAGGCGUCCGCCCAGCGCCCGUCCUGCCCGCGGCUCCUCUCUCCUUUCCUCACACACACACACACCGCUAAACUCACCCCUUGUGUGCGCGUUUCGGAAUUUGUGCUUUUUCUUUUUUUUAUAUAAAAAAAAGAAAGGGAGGGGGGGGGCGACAAAAAAAUAAUCGGAAGGGCCCGUAGAUUGAGACGUCUGUGGUCACAGUUGGUGGUGGUGGUGAGGGAGAGAGAGAGAGAGAAGGAGGGAGAGAGCUUCUUUCUGCCUCUUGGACUUGCCCUCCGUGUGCGAAUGUGACUGGAGUUGUGCAGCAACUCUCCUCUCCCGCGAGCUGCACCAUGGCUUUGAGGGAACUGAAAGUUUGUCUGCUCGGGGAUACAGGUGUGGGGAAGUCGAGCAUUGUAUGGCGGUUUGUAGAAGAUAGCUUUGAUCCCAAUAUCAAUCCUACAAUUGGGGCAUCAUUUAUGACUAAGACCGUGCAGUAUCAAAGUGAGUUGCACAAGUUUCUCAUCUGGGACACUGCUGGCCAAGAACGGUUCCGUGCGUUGGCGCCCAUGUACUAUCGUGGAUCAGCUGCAGCAAUUAUUGUAUAUGAUAUCACGAAAGAGGAGGCAUUCCAGACGCUGAAGAACUGGGUAAAGGAAUUGCGACAGCAUGGGCCUCCAAAUAUAGUUGUUGCAAUUGCAGGAAAUAAGUGUGAUCUAAAUGACGCCAGGGAAGUACUUGAAAAAGAUGCAAAGGAUUAUGCAGAUUCCAUCCAUGCUAUUUUUGUAGAAACUAGCGCCAAAAAUGCCAUUAACAUCAAUGAACUCUUUGCAGAAAUCAGUCGUAGAAUUCCCACAACGGACAGCAAUCCAGGAUCCAGCAAUAAAGGCUUUAAGCUGAGGAAACAGCCUUCAGAAACUAAACGCAAUUGCUGCUGACUCCUCCCUGUUUCAGACUGAUUCUGAGCCAGUGCAGGCAAGCUACUGGAUCUACGUACACCUCUCAGUCCUGCGUUCCUGACUUGCUCUCCGUGUAGGGUGAACAGCUGACGUCCUCAGAAUUGCAGGAAUUUAACCUUAUUUCAUCAUUUGUCUAUAGAAUUUCUCUGAGAAACAUCUUGCCAAAACUUUAUUUUGCACUCCAAUAACGGGGAGGAAAAAGAAACCAAAAGGUUUUAAAUGACACCGACAGAUGUUGGGUGCAAAGGAGAACUCUUGCGCGUUUUCUUCAAAGCAUGUAAAUAGACUUUGACACAAAAGGGAAAAUAUAAAACUGAAGCACUUUUAGUUCGAUUUUUUUAUAACCAAGAAUUGGACUCCCUUUCAAAAGCACUUCAAAGCUUCCUGCUGAGAGAGAGAGAGAGGUGGGUGCCUGAAGUAACUCCCUUGGUGAAACCAGGGCUGUUCAAAUCUGCUUUCAGAUGGGCAGGCUGUUAAGAAAUUGUUUGUUGCUUGUUUCCAUCAAUCUUCACAAGGCUCCAAAAAACAAUUGAUUUAUUAUAAGGGGAAAAAACUUUUCUGAGUUUUGGAUACGGUUCAUUUGAAUCCUCAAAGUGUUGAUUACAACUCCAGGAACCAGGAUGAAAUGAUCUCAAACUAUUAUAGUAAUGCUGAUCUCUCUCAAUGAGUGUUAAGGGGCAAGUGAGAUUGAAUUUGAGUACACCUUGGAUUGGGCGGUCUCCAGAAGACUUUAUAUUNAAAAAAAUGUUAGAUAGUGUGAUGAGAAAAUUAUACAAUUAGACUAAGCAUCUGUGUUUGCAAAGCACACCAGUGUCUCAAAGAAACAAGAGUUGUAAGGAAAUGUUAGUAACUUUUAAUGUUUAAUUCUUUGGCAAGUUCACUUCAGUUUGAUGUUUGAGAAAUAGUUAUGUUUCACAAAUUCUGGGGGGCAACAUCAUGCAGAGCUCAGAACAUUUCAAUGCAGCAACAUUCUCAGGAUGUACUCGGAGGAAAUUAGGGAAGAUAUGAUCCAGUGUCAGCUUAAUUCAGUAGAUAGCACUUUGACCUCUGACCCAGAAGGCUGUGGGUUCAAGCCCGACUUUAGAACUUAAGCUCAUAUUCCAGGUUAACACUUCAGUGUUAGAUUGUUAGAGAUACUGUCCAUUAGGUGAUGCAAUGAACCAAGGAAUCAUAUGCCUGUUCAGGUGGCCAUUAAAGAUCCCUAGACACUAUUGGGGGGAGGGGAGGUAUUUCUCCCAGUGCCCCAGACAACAAUUUUCCAAACAAAUUUGUUCAUUUAACUCCUGGAGGUUUGUUGGAACUUGCGUGCAAAAUGUCUGCCUGGUUUUCCUACAAAGACCAAACACUACUCUUGCCAUCAAUUACCCAUAAAGUUCUUUUAAAAAGUGUUGAUGUGCUAUAAAAUGCAGGUUCUCAUUAAGUAAAUGUGUGCAUCUGGAUCACAUCUAACCCAUUGUUUGAGCCCCCACCACAUUUCUCAUCUUUGAAGAAUUAAAACAUUUUGUAAGUUUUUUUAAUAGUCUUAUAGUUUGGGCAUCUAUUAAUCUGCAAAUUCAUACAAUUUUGCUUACAUUUGGAUAUAUUGUGCUUCAGACCUAAUGGUUGGACUGAAAAUGCAGAGAUAGAAAGGCAACCAUUGGAUAAUGAAGCCUGUUAUCUUUUGAAUGGAAAGCGAGAAGGGUAUAUAAGAGAAAGGGAGAGAAAAAUAGGGCAUUUUUCUAACACCCUGACAUGUCAGAAUAUGCUUUACAACAACAAUUGUCAUUUGAAGAUAAUAAAUUUGAAAUAUCUUCACAGAAUUUCACGCUUAAAAUUGUAAGAAAUCAAGCCAAGGUAUUGUGUCUAAAUUGCCAUUUUUUCUAGCUGCAUCUUGUGUAUCUAGAGCAAAUGCAUUGGUGUUGAUCCAGGGGCUGGCUGGCUACCCUUGCAUUGUUUCUACAGUGUGCGUCUCAGCUGCUGAAAAGUAUAGGAGCCUUCACCAUCUUUAGAAUCUAUUGAAUGGUUGUUGAGAAUGCAUGGCUUUAAACAUGUCGUUGCUGAUGAGCUUCAAUGAAUUACCAACCUCCUGUAAUCAGACAACCAGCACCUCAAUCAGCCUCCAUGGGACUGAAACAAUGUUUGGAAUAGUUCUUUAAAAAGCAAACUGGAGCCCAUGUAUGUAAGCAUCUUUCCUUGUGAAUGUAGAAAACUGAUUGUUUGACAAUGUGAUAAUUUGCAAAAUGAUUUGGAAUUUAAGGUUGAAGAGCUUUUAGCGGUGGAUUCAGCGCUUCCUUUCUCCUAUUUAUUUGGCAGAUAACACAUAAAUUUAGCUUUAAGCAAAACAAUUCACUGAGAUCAGCUCAGUCGGGUACCCAAAAAGAUAGAUGUUGUUUCUAGACUAUAUUGAUUUAAAUUAAACCUCUUGCGGAUUGUAAACAAUCUUGAUAUUUUUAGAAAAGUAGACUUGUGUGGCUUUAGUAAAUAACUUUAAAACUUUCUAUCAAUUGCUCCGCCCCACAGAUUUAAGCCGAUCUUCAACAUGGGGAAUUGACUCAUGCAAUGAAAGUAAUGCAGAGUAAUACCAUCUCCUGAGAGUGAGAGUGUGACAGGAAAGUCAGGCUGUGAUCAGUCGGAGCUCAAUAGUGUGACAUUGUAUUGAGGUGUUUCAGAUUCUGAUACAGUGGAGCAUUUGCUGAGUUAGCAGUACAUAAUCUGUUCCAUCCAUUGAUUUUUUAAUUUUUAAGAAAGAGGUAGAAGAAAAGGGAAGCAAGCAUUUUUUCUGAUUGGUAGUCUCUGUGGAGAUAACUGGCCGUAAUUGGGGAACACGCCAUUUCAGUCCAACUAGUCUGUUCCAAUCUUUGUGCUCCACCUGAGCCUCCAUCCUAUUUAUUUUUCCCCUAUCCCUCGUUUAUGCACAGAGUUGAUUUUAUUGAACACUAAAAACAUUUUAAAAUGCCUGUCGUUAGUGAUGCAAAUUUUGGUAAUCCCAAACAAAGCAAAACCGGCUGGGACCCAAUUAUAUGAAGCAAAUAUUUGAAUCAGACAUUUUGUUUCGUAAUUAUUUAAAAUUGCUCAAAUUUCAAAAAUGAUCCCUUAUUGUACAUGAAUCAAAAUGGUCAGAGUUCACGUAGUUUGAGAUUUUUUAAAAGAAAUGCAGUAGUCUUGUAAUAUGUUAAAUCAUGAAGCUUACAUCCAUCAUGAUUUGCUGUGGACACAUAAGAAUGCGGUUGCUUCUUUGUGAAUACAGAUUAUGGAUUUGAACGUUUUUGACUCCUCUAGCACAAGCCUCUUUGUUUUUGUGGAACACUGCUGUGUGCAAUUUGCUGCCGUGUUUCGCCCACAAAUAUAGUCAGUUCAUUUUGCAGUAUAUUCUGAAGCGCUUUGAGAUAUCUCGAAGACAUGAAAAGCGCAAUAUCAAAUGCAAGGAUUAUUAUUUAUUAUUAUAAGCCUAACACUUCUGAUGAAGGUUAUCAUGCCCCAAUAUCAUGUUUUUCUCUUUGUGAUGCUAGUUGAGCUGUGCGUUUCCAGCAUUAUCUCUUCUUAUCCCCUUUCUGAGAUUCUCCCAUUCCAGACUAAAUGCACAUGUCCGAUCCACACUCUAUUUGUUGUGUCAAGAAAGAUAACCUAGUCCCACAUGUUCAUCAGUACCAUUCUGUAGUUGGUCAUUGAGAAAAUGUAAUUCCCUUGUGAUGAAGGAAUCCAAAUUGCUGAGAUGCAUUUGGGUAGGCCAUCUCUCUAAACCAUGUACACCACAUGUCAUUAAUUAACCCAGUGAUAGAGAGCUGAUGGGCAUUUUUUAGUGCCAUUCUAUAGCUCACCACUAAGAGUAGUGAAAGAGCCCAACUUGACCUGCUCUAAGUUGCCCCUCAAUACCUUUUUUUUAAAAAAAGUGCCAAAUCAUCCACAAACCCUAUGAAAAGCAAGAAAUCCCAAUGAAAUAGUUGCCUCUUAAAAGGCCUGAUUAAAUCAAUAAAUAUUAGAACAUUACCUGAACUGCACAGUAGCAAAAUGAGCAUAUUUAACAGUAAAGCCAGCAAUAGUCUUGUGUUUCUGAAAGAAAUUGCUUAAGAAGUUUCUCUUGUAACACUUCAGUUAACAAAGCGGUUUGAUUGUUCUCUAGUUAUUGUGCUUCAGAGCUUGUUUACUGAUCUCAUUUUAAAGUUCUGAAGCAAAACUAUCCAAUGCUGAACUUAAAUUGUUGCCCAAGUUCACCAGAUAGCAGCCAAGUAUGAAUAUCCUGACUGGUUUCAAGGCCGAGGUGGAGUUGCUAGGAGGUAUCAUGCAAGGAAUUGUGGAUGCUAACUGCAGUGCAGCACAUCACCACAUAUACUGGCCUAUAAGGCAAAGAAAUCUGGCGAUUGAAUGUUUAACGUGCCCAUUAGUAUUUUGCUAAUGUUUCCAAAACUUGUAAUUCUUUUUGCUUUGCAUAGGAUAUUGUCAAAAUAUUAGUUUAAUAAACCCUUUUUAAAAAUAAUGUUUUUGCCAAGCUUGUGUGAGCAGAAGGAAAGAAUGACCACUUGGUCUUAAACUUGGGCUGGUCCCAAGCAGAAGUGACUUCUUUGAUCAGUGUAUUUGUUAAUUACUCUAAUGCCAGAAAACUGUUAACUGUAUUAAAAACAUGUAAUACUGACAUGUAGAACGCAUUCAUAGCGAGCAAGCAGAGAAGAGUACCCACAUCAAUACAAAUUCAUUUAAGUGUGUUGCUAAAUAUGCAUUUUUUUUAUUGUGUAUCUAAUAAUUGCUAAAUCACUACACCAGUCCAUGAUGUACUUUUGAAUGUGCAAAUGAUGUAUGCAGUUUAUUAAUAAAACUCGAUGCAUUUUGGUUUA